CUCUCUCUCUCUCUUCAUACUUCUAUAAAUUUCCGCCUACAAUAACCUUAAAAUCCACCAACGUUCUAAGAAAAAAAAAAUGAUGCACACAAAACUCAGCCCCAUGACUUCUCUCCUCCUUUUUAUCUCUCUCUCAUCUCUCACUGUUGGGUCCACUGGUGAAAACCCAUUCACCCCGAAAACCUAUCUGAUACGGUAUUGGAAAAAAGAGAUCCAAAACAACCAAGCCAAGCCAAUCUUUCUCCUAUCCAAGGCGUCUCCAUUGAGUGCAACUGAGUCAGCCAGUUUCUCCAAACUCGCCGCCCAGAAUGCUCUCUCCUCUCGGUUCUCGGCCUUCUGUGCCUCCGCGAACCUCCUCUGCUUCCCCGAUUCAUUACCAUCAACGUUUGGCCAAAAAGUCUCUACCGAGGUAGUCCUCCAAAAAAACUAUGGCGACUCUGCCAUCGACUCUAUGGAUGUAGUCCUCCAAAAAAACUAUGGCGACUCUGCCGUCGACUCUAUGGAUGUAGUCCUCCAAAAAAACUAUGGCGACUCUGCCAUCGACUCUGCCACCACCAAGGGUGGCUCCGGCAGAUUUUUUCGGGAGUCUAUGUUAAAGAAAGGGAAGGUGAUACCAAUGCCGGACAUUAGCGAUAAAUUUCCUGAAAGGUCAUUUCUGCCUCGGUCGAUUUCGUCAAAACAGCCAUUUUCCACGCUGAAAGUCUCUGAGCUGAAGCACAUUUUUCAUGCGGGUGAUAAUUCGACUAUGGAGAUUAUGAUAGUUAAGUCCUUAAGUGAGUGCAAGAGGGCUCCAAACCCUGGCGAGACCAAGCGGUGCGUGUCCUCGGCUGAGGACAUGAUCGACUUUGCAGUUUCAGUGUUGGGUCGAAACAUUGACAUUCUAACGAUGAAGAAUGUAAAUGGGUCAAAGCAGAGUAUAAUGAUUGGAUCAAUCGAAGGGAUCAAUGGUGGGAAAGUCACGGACUCAGUCACUUGUCAUCAGCUAUUGUUUCCCUACCUUCUUUAUUACUGUCAUUCGGUUCCAAAGGUUCGGGUCUACCAAGUGGAUAUACUUGAUCCGAAUUCUAAGGCUAAGCUCAAUAACGGCGUCGUCAUCUGUCACUUGAACACAUCGGGUUGGAACCCGACUCAUGAAGCUUUCUUGGCUCUAGGGUCGGCUCCGGGACGGAUUGAGGUUUGCCACUGGGUUUACCAGAAUGACGUAACGUGGACAGUUGUUGACUAGCCGUUGCACGCCAAGGUGGAACAUCCUCACUAGAGAUUUGCAGGUCUCAAUUCAACACGUAUAUCAUGAAGCUAAUAAAUGUGUUGAUAGUUUAUGUGUCUUUUGAACUUGCCCUUCGUCUAAUAUUUUGUGUAUUAAUUUAUGGAAAGCCUAAGGAUUAGUUAUUCCUAAACAAGUUUAAUUAUGUAUUAAGCUUGUAAUAUAUGGACUUUCUCUUCUAAUUUUAAUUUAUGUGGAUAUAUGGGAAGUCUAAGGAUUAGUUACUCCUAGACUCGUUUAAUUAUGUAUUAAGCUUGUAAUGCAAUAUAUGGACUUUCUCUAUUAA